CCUCCUCGCUCCGCCAGUCGGCGGGAGCCCAGGUGCCUGUGGGCAGGAGGCGCGGAGGAUGUGCAGCUGGCCGCUGCUCCUGCUGUGGGCGCUGCUCCCCGGGGCGACGGCGGGGGGCUCAGGCUGGACCUUGCCGCACCGCACCCUCCUCGACUCGGAGGGCAAGUACUGGCUGAGCUGGGGCCCGCAGGACGGCCGGCUCGCCUUCCGCCUCGAGGUGCGCACCGCCGGCUACGUGGGCUUCGGCUUCUCGCCCACCGGGGCCAUGGCCUCGGCCGACAUCGUCGUGGGUGGGGUGGCCGACGGGCGACCCUACCUCCAGGAUUAUUUUACAAAUGCAAAUAGAGAGUUGAAAAAAGACACUCAGCAAGAUUAUCACCUAGAAUAUGCAAUGGAAAAUAGUACACAUACAGUAAUUGAAUUUACCAGAGAACUGCAUACAUGUGACAUCAAUGACAGGACUAUUACGGAGAGCACAGUGAGAGUGAUCUGGGCCUAUCACCAUGAAGAUGUAGGAGAAGCUGGUCCCAAGUACCACAACUCCAACCGUGGCACCAAGAGUCUACGGUUGUUGAAUCCCGAGAAAGCCAAUGUGUUGUCUACAUCCAUACCGUCCUUUGACCUGGUAAAUCAGGACGUUCCCAUCCCAAACAAAGGUACAACGUAUUGGUGCCAAAUGUUUAAGAUUCCGGUGUUCCAGGAAAAGCAUCAUGUAAUUAAGGUUGAGCCAGUGAUACAGAGAGGCCACGAGAGUCUGGUCCAUCACAUCCUGCUCUAUCAGUGCAGCAGCAAUUUUAACGACAGCGUUUUGGACUAUGGCCACGAGUGCUACCACCCUAACAUGCCCGACGCGUUCCUCACCUGCGAGACCGUUAUUUUUGCCUGGGCCAUUGGUGGAGAGGGUUUUUCCUACCCACCUCAUGUUGGACUAUCCCUCGGCACUCCGUUAGAUCCUCAUUAUGUGCUCCUAGAAGUCCAUUAUGACAAUCCAACUUAUGAGGAAGGCUUAAUAGAUAAUUCCGGACUGAGGUUAUUUCAUACGACAGACAUAAGGAAAUUCGAUGCCGGGGUGAUCGAGGCUGGCCUCUGGGUGAGCCUCUUCCAUACCAUCCCUCCAGGCAUGCCUGACUUCCGGUCAGAAGGUCACUGCACUCUGGAAUGCCUGGAAGAGGCUCUGGAAGCUGAAAAGCCAAGUGGAAUCCAUGUGUUCGCUGUUCUCCUCCAUGCUCACCUGGCUGGCAGAGGCAUCAGGCUACGCCAUUUUCGCAAAGGGGAGGAAAUGAGAUUGCUUGCUUAUGAUGACGAUUUUGAUUUCAAUUUCCAGGAGUUUCAAUAUCUAAAGGAAGAACAAACAAUCUUACCAGGAGAUAAUCUAAUUACUGAGUGUCGCUACAACACAAAAGAUAGAGCCCGGAUGACUUGGGGAGGACUAAGCACCAGGAAUGAAAUGUGUCUCUCAUAUCUUCUUUAUUACCCAAGAAUUAAUCUUACUCGAUGUGCAAGUAUUCCAGACAUUAUGGAACAACUUCAGUUCAUUGGUGUUAAGGAGAUCUACAGGCCAGUCACGACCUGGCCUUUCAUUAUCAAAAGCCCCAAGCAAUAUAAAAACCUUUCCUUCAUGGACGCAAUGAAUAAGUUUAAGUGGACUAAAAAGGACGGUCUCUCCUUCAAUAAGCUUGUCCUUAGCCUGCCAGUGAAUGUGAGAUGCUCCAAGACAGACAACGCAGAGUGGUCGAUUCAAGGGAUGACAGCAUUACCUCCAGAUAUAGAAAGAACGUAUAAGGCAGAGCCUUUGGUGUGUGCCUCUCCCUCCUUUUCUCUGCACAGAGAUUUCUCUCCCAAGGUACUCGCAUGCUUCAUGGUGCUCGGCAGCGUGCUGAGCAGCUUACACUUGGGGUCAUAAUGCUGUUGUCCUUGGUGAUGAUGUGUUCUGUGAUCCGAACCUGCCAUGUAACACGCAGGUGAAAGAUACAUUGGGCAUGAAGAGUGAGUGUGAAGACUGUGGAGACUUACCUGUCAUCGACUCCCUUCCUUCCCCCUCUCCCAGUCUACCUGAGAGAUGUCCGUUGGGUUCUCUUCUUUUCCUCCGAAACGCCUGAUAAAAUGUAUCAAUUAUCAAUAAAGCAAAACUGACCUGACUUAAUAGAACCUUUAUGAAAAUUUGGACAAAGUCAAGCGGAAGUAAAAGAGUUCUUUCCUACUGUAUUAUUUUAUUUUAAACACUCUAUUACUAUUUUACUUUUUAAUUUUUGAUUUGGCUUCUAGAUUCCUUUUGAAAAAUGCUUUCAUCUUAAAACUGUAAAAGGAAGUACUCUCCCUUCCAGUUUUCUUCCUCUUUAUUGUUCUUUGAGUGUGCAACUUCCCAAGUGUAACAAUGUUACACUCCUGUCUUCAAUGUUAUCCAGUUCUGUCCUUUUCUGUGAAUUACCCAUGGGCCCCUUACCUCAGUCCUUUUGGAUGAUGCUCAUUCUAAUCUCUUCAUUUAUCAGAGUCGACUGGACCUCCCAAAUUACUCCUCACCCAUCUCAAAGUACUUUCUUAUCCUUCCCUGCUCAGCACUGGCCAGGUGAGUUUUUUCUUGAGCUCUGUCACUAUCUAAAAAGAAAGAGGCUAUGAGAAACAGAAAUGGUACAGAACUGACUGGAGGCCAGGGAGAAAAUAUACCCAGCCGCACACCCUGUGCUGUGAGGGGUCCUUCUACAGGUCCCAGGUCAAAGGCCAGAGUGCGAGCUAGCCAAGGAGGGUGUGAGGUCAUGUGGUACCUCACUGACUGUGUUGGGUGUCACAUGUGCUGUGUCCUGGCUCAUUUUGAGUCACAGUUGCUAUUAGAUUUAUUUUUAUAUUAGUUAAUAAGCAAACUUUCCGUAAUUGUCACCAAUUGAAAAUCUUGUCACUCUUUUGGUUCCCUUUAGUUUUUUGGUUCUGUAUAGUUCAGUUAAAUCUUGUUUUUGUGUCCUUUCCUCAUUUCUUGAGUUUGGAUUGUAUUAAUAAACUAAAUAAAAUUAAAAUUUUGUGUUG